CUAGGAUGACAAAUCUACGGGUGAAGGUUCUGCUGGCUGGUCGCCUGUCGUACGGGGUCGGUUUACAUUUACAGAAGCUCUUAACCGAUCAUCAUCAUCGUCGUCCCACGUGUCCCAACGAAACAGCGAAUACUUUAGUGCUUCUGGAACACGAACCGGUGUACACAGUCGGGAUACGAGACGGGAGAUACACGGAAGCGGACGAGAGGAAACUGAGGAACCUCGGCGCGGACUUCCGGAGAACGAAUCGAGGCGGACUGAUAACCUUUCACGGACCCGGGCAACUGGUGGCCUACCCGGUGCUCGAUCUGAAGCAAUUUCGUCCGAGCAUCCGGUGGUACAUCCACCAAGUGGAACAUAUGGUGAUAGGCGUGUGCGCCGCGCUCGGCAUCGAGGCCUCGACCUCGCCGCACACCGGGGUCUGGGUCGGCGACCGCAAGAUCUGCGCGGUAGGCGUCCACGGGAGCCGUUACAUCACCACUCACGGCCUCGCGCUCAACUGCAAUGUCGACCUCGGCUGGUACGAGCACAUCGUGCCCUGCGGCAUCGAGAACAAGGGCGUGACCAGCGUGUCCGAGGAGCUAAAGGCGAACGUGACGGUCGCCGACGUGAUCCCGACUCUUCGAAGCACCUUCGCCGAGCAUUUUCGCUGCGAGCUGAUCGAUUAUCCGUCCGACGAGGCCGCGCAGCUGCUACGAGACGCGGCGGCGGCAUCGUGACAUUUUAAGAAUAUGUAUUGUAUAAAUUGAGGAUUGUCAUUGGUGCAUAUUUUUUUAAAAAUAAAUUUGCCAUUAUUUGUCUGGAGACCAACUUCUUUGUAUGCGGUGCCACUUUUGUUUUUUAUGGAGUGAUAUUCCAUUUUGAGACUGUACAGGGUGUAACUGAAUAAACAUAUAUGGAGCUUA